GCAGCAUGGGCCCUGCGGAGCACGACGCGCUGGCCGCGCGGGAGCAGCUCUUCCACCAGCGGGUCCGCGAGAGCCUGAUCUGCACCCUGCUCUUCAUCAGCCUCUACCUCCUUUGCCACUUCAUCAUAACCCACUUCAAAAAGCACACAGACUUUGCUGAAGUUCACAACGAUGAGGAUGCUGCUGUCAACAGGAUUGCGCUGGCGCUUUGCACCUUCACGCUGGCCGUGUCGCUGGGCGCUGUGCUCCUGCUGCCCUUCUCCAUCAUCAGCAAUGAGGUGCUGCUCUGUUUCCCCCACAGCUACUACAUGCGGUGGCUCAACGGCUCACUCAUCCAUGGCCUCUGGAACUUGGUCUUCCUCUUCUCCAACCUGUCCCUCAUCUUCCUCAUGCCCUUCGCCUAUUUCUUCACCGAGUCAGAGGGCUUUGCAGGCUCCAAGAAGGGCAUCAUGGCCCGGGUAUAUGAGACAUCAGUGGUGCUGCUGCUCCUGGCGUUGCUCGUGCUGGGCAUGGUGUGGGUGGCCUCGGCCCUGGUGGACCGGCAUGUGGCCAGCCGCGAGUCGCUGCAUGCCCUCUGGCAGUGCCACCUACCCUACCUCUACUCCUGCCUCUCGCUGCUGGGAGUGUUGCUCCUACUGCUGUGCACCCCUCUCGGCCUCUCCACCAUGUUCACCGUCACAGGGAAGCUGCUAGUGAAGCCCCAGCUCUUGGAAGACCUGGACGAGCAGCUGAAUUGCACGAGGUUUGAGGAGGCCUCUGUGUCCCGCCGAAUCUCGGCAGGGAGGGCGUCCUGCUGGCUGAGCCUCGAUAUGGCACUGCUGCAGAAGCAGCUCUUGGCCCUGCGAAGCAAGCGGCACACACUGGAAUUGCGGUGCAGAGCAUCACCCUGGCAGAGGAACGUGGGCUACCCGCUGGCCAUGCUGGGCCUCCUGGUGCUCACGGGCAUCUCGGUGCUUGUUGUCUGCUUCCAUGUGCUGGAGCUGCUGCUGGACGAGGCGGCCAUGCCCCAGGGCACACAGGCCACUGCCUUGGGCCAGGUUUCCUUCUCCAUGCUGGGAUCCUUCGGAGCCGCCUUGCAAGUCAUCCUCAUCUUCUACCUGAUGCUCUGCUCUGUCGUGGGCUUCUACAGCUCCCCGCUGUUCACCUGCCUGCUGCCCCGGCACCAGGACACCCCCCUCCCCAAGAUCAUUGGGAACUGUGUCUCCUUGUUGGUGCUCAGCUCAGCCUUGCCCGUCUUCUCCCGGACACUGGGCAUCACUCGCUUUGACCUCCUGGGCCACUUUGGCCGCUUCAACUGGCUGGGCAACUUCUACCUCAUCUUCCUCUACAACGUGGCCUUCGCGACACUGACUGCUCUGUGCCUGACCAGGGAGGUUACCUGGGCCAUGCGGGCCGAGCUGCUGCGUGCUCUCGGUCUGCACAAGCUGCCACUGCCUGUGACGCCGUCUUGGCCCCUGCGCCAACCCUGCUAGUGCUGGAGAUGCAACAAGGUGCCAUGGCCCCCUCUCCGGGCCACACUGGGGCUGCGCUGGCUGCGGCUCCCUCUCCUCUCCAUAUACCUUGUGCAAGUGCCCCCGGAGUUUCCCCUCUCUCUUGCAUUUUCUUUGUUUGUUCAUUUUUUAAUUCCCCCCUCAGCCUUGCGAUGACACUUGAGCAGAGCCUACAUUCCCGAGCAUGAGGCAGGGGAUGCUGGUUGUUCCCCUGAGGGCCCAGGGCCUGAGCUGCCCCCAGAACGAGGACCAGGACCCUGAGCCAGCCCUGACCCUUCUGUGCAGCUGUGUGUGAUGAGUCUGUUGGGUCCCUGUUAUCACUUCACCUGUUUGGAGCACUAAACACUCUCCUUUUUCUU